UCACCUUGUUGAAAAUCCCUGAAUUAAAAAGAGUCUCGUUUCCGUUGCCCCGAAAUCAGAUCUCAUAUCCUCCUUCCACUUUACAGCAAUGGCAGUGGCUCUCCACCGUCUUACCUCCCAAUCCCACCGUCUUCCAUCUCUCUCCUCCUUCCUCGCCAAAUCUCUAAUCGCCCGAUCCUCCGCCACCACCUCCACCUCCUCCUCAACUUCCUCCUCAAAGAAGGUCUCCGACCGCAUCGUGCGCCUCUCAGCAAUCGACUUCGAGGGCAAGAAGCACGAAAUUCUGGGCCUUUCAGGGCACACCCUCCUUAAAGCCCUAACCAACUCGGGCCUUAUCGACCCAGCCUCCCACCGUCUGGAAGAGAUCGACGCCUGCUCCGCUGAAUGCGAGGUUAACAUCGCCCAAGAAUGGCUCGACAAGCUCCCUCUACGUUCCUACGAAGAAGAGUACGUUCUCAAGCGCAAUUCGAGGGCUAGGGUUCUCAACAAGCACUCCAGGCUCGCCUGCCAGCUCACUCUCAACCAUGACCUUCAAGGUAUGGUGGUCGCCGUCCCCGAACCCAAACCCUGGGACACUAACUAAUAUAUAAAAUUUCCCCUUUUUUUGUAUCUUCCUUGAAUUGGGGGAUUUUUGUUAAGUGAAAAAAUAAUGGCUUUGAGAAAAGAUUGGAAACUUGUUGAAUUGUUAUUUUGUAAUUUGUACUGUUUUAGACUUGUGAUGAACCGGAAUUUGCUCAUUUAUAUGCAUAAGUACUGCUACAAUUGCGUA